UCCGGAAGCUGUCCCUGACCCGGACGUGUUUUUGUUUAUUGUAGGAAGUUUUCCGCCAGAAGAACGACACUGAUUUAGGGAAGAUAAGUCGGGAAACAGAACGGGAUGGACCCUCCAGGCAGAAGUCGAAGUCCCAGUCCUGCGCAGAGAGAACACAGUGGACCUUCAGAUGACGAGUCCAGUCCAGCAGAUAAAAGGCCCCAACAGUCCGGCACAGUUGAGAAAAGCCCCAAAGAGAGGCCGUCCCCUCGGGCCAGUCCUGCAGGCCGCACCUCCUCCAGGAGUCCUGCCUCCAGCAGCUCAGACAGCAGCAGCAGCAGCAGUGAUGAUGAGGAUGAACAUAACGGGGCACUGAGGAAGAUUAGGAGUAGCGUGGCUCAGAUCAAAAGAUCAAGGUCCAAGUCAAGGUCCAGAGAGCGAGACGGAUCCAGAUCCAGAUCCAGCGGACGAGACGGAUCCAGAUCAAGAUCAAGAUCCAGGGGACGAGACGGAUCCAGAUCAAGAUCAAGAUCCAGAGGACGAGACCGGUCUAGGUCUAGAGGACGAGACAGAUCCAGGUCCAGAGAGAGAGACCGGGACCACUAUGACAGAGGACGGUAUACUAGGGAUCGCUAUGAUGAUCGCCGUGAUGACAGGGGCGGGCGCUUUGAUCGAUGGACCAAUCGGGAUGCAGAACCAGAUCACAGGAGGCGAGGCCGCUCCGCCUCGCCUCCAACAGACAGAGAGCCUGUGGCAGAUGACCAGCCGCCUGUCAAGAAGAAGAAGGAGGAGCUCGACCCGAUCCUCACGAGGACCGGCGGGGCUUACAUCCCCCCAGCCAAGCUACGCAUGAUGCAGCAGCAAAUCACUGACAAGAGCAGCCUGGCCUAUCAGAGGAUGAGCUGGGAAGCUCUGAAGAAGUCCAUCAAUGGUCUGAUCAACAAAGUAAACGUGUCGAACAUCGUCAUGAUCAUCCAAGAGCUGCUGCAGGAGAACAUCGUCAGGGGGAGAGGUCUGCUGGCUCGCUCGGUGCUGCAGGCUCAGUCGGCAUCGCCAAUAUUUACUCAUGUUUACGCCGCCGUUGUCGCCAUCAUCAACUCCAAGUUCCCUCAGAUUGGAGAGCUGAUCCUCAAACGCCUCAUCCUAACCUUCAGGAAGAGCUACCGCCGCAAUCUCAAGCAACAGUGCCUGACAGCCUCAAAGUUUGUGGCACAUCUCAUCAACCAGAACGUGGCCCAUGAGGUUUUGUGUCUGGAGAUGCUCACUCUGCUGCUGGAGCGUCCAACUGACGACAGUGUGGAGGUCGCCAUCUCCUUCCUGAAGGAGUGUGGACUCAAACUGACCGAAGUCUCUCCGCGAGGAAUCAACGCCAUAUUUGAGCGUCUCAGGAACGUCCUCCAUGAGUCGGCCAUUGAUAAGAGGGUCCAGUACAUGAUCGAGGUAAUGUUUGCCAUCAGGAAGGACGGUUUCAAAGAUCAUCCGGUGAUCCCAGAGGGUCUGGACCUGGUGGAUGAGGAAGACCAGUUCACCCACAUGCUGCCACUGGAGGACGAGUACAACACCGAGGAUGUCCUCAAUGUGUUUAAGAUGGACCCAGACUUCCUGGAGAAUGAAGAGAAAUAUAAAGCCAUUAAAAAAGAAAUCCUGGACGAGGGCAGCAGCGAUUCGGGGGAGGACGGAGACGGCAGCGACGAAGAUGAAGACGAUGCAGAUGAGAAUGAGGAGGAGGGAGAUGAUGAGAAGGUCACCAUCUUUGAUCAGACAGAAGUCAACCUGGUUGCUUUCCGAAGAACCAUCUACCUCGCUAUACAGUCCAGUUUGGACUUUGAGGAGUGCGCUCACAAACUGAUCAAGAUGGACUUUCCUGACAGCCAGACGAAGGAGCUGUGUAACAUGAUCCUGGACUGCUGCGCUCAACAGAGAACCUACGAGAAGUUCUUUGGCCUACUGGCCGGGAGGUUCUGUCUGCUGAAGAAGGAGUACAUGGAGAGCUUUGAGGCAAUUUUUUCGGAGCAGUACGACACAAUUCACCGACUGGAGACCAACAAACUGAGGAACGUAGCUCGACUGUUCGCUCACCUGCUCUACACAGACUCUGUGCCCUGGAGUGUGUUGGAGUCUAUCAGAAUGAGUGAGGAGACCACAACGUCGUCCAGCAGGAUCUUUGUGAAGAUCCUUUUCCAGGAGCUCUGUGCCUACAUGGGCCUACCCAGACUCAACCAGAGGCUCAAAGACCCGACUCUGCAGCCGUUCUUUGAAGGUCUAUUUCCUCGAGAUAAUCCCAGAAACACUCGCUUCGCCAUCAACUUCUUCACCUCUAUUGGACUUGGAGGACUGACGGACGAGUUGAGGGAACAUUUGAAGAAUGCUCCCAAGAUGAUCAUGACUCAGAAGCAGGAGGUGGAAUCCUCUGACUCCUCGUCCUCUUCAGCCUCCUCUUCCUCAUCUGACUCCUCGUCCUCUGACUCCUCAAGCGACUCAGACUCCUCUGACUCCUCCUCCAGCAGCAGCAGCAGCUCAGACUCUGAUGGCAAACACAGGAAGAAGAAGAAGACGAGAAAAGCACAAAGUGAGCAGAAGAAGAAAAAAGAGAAGGAUGGUAAGAAGAAAAAGGACAAACACUCUGACAAGAAGCGAGCCGCACGCAAGAACGACGACGAGGAUGACAGCAAUGACGAGAAGCAGGCGAGGAAGGACAGGAAAAGCCGUGUACGUGAGCCGGAUGAACAUGAGCGUGCACGUGAGGUAGAGGUGCGCAGGCGUGCACGUGAGGCAGGGGAGCGCGGGCGUGCACGUGAGGAAGAGGAGCGCGGGCGUGCUCGUGAGGCAGGGGAGCGCGGGCGUGCUCGUGAGGAAGAGGAGCGCGGGCGUGCUCGUGAGGCAGAGGAGCGCGGGCGUGCUCGUGAAGGAGCCCGCCGGGGCAGACGAGACGAAAGAGCAGAAGAGGAGGAGGAGCAGGAAGAAGAGAGGAGACGAAAAAUGGACCUUCUAGACAGACAAAGAGACGGAGAGAGGGAUAGAGAGAGAGACAGGGGGAGGGACAGAGAGAGAGAGAGAGCGAGGGAGAGAGAGAAUGAGGAGAAACGAGAGCGAGAGAGGGAGAAGCCGAGGGAUAGAGAGAGGAAUAAAGAGAACAGAGACAGGAACAGAGAAAAAGAAGAGAGGAGGAGGAGAUAAAACUCUUCAUCCCUCCAUCCUGAAGCAGCGAGGAUGACUGACAGACAAGUCUCCAUCUUUUCCUUCUGUCAUCCCUCUCUUCUUUACCUCAACCUUUCUCACUCUGGUGUUUAGGAUUUGGGACCCUCUCUCUCUCCAUCUGUAUGUGUUUUCUAUUAUUGAUUAUUGUUGUUGAUGAAAUGCAAAAAAAACAUUAAAGUUGCUAUAGAUGUUUUUUAA